UUUUAAGAUACAAAAUUGCAUGCAUGCAGACAGACACACUCAUUCGGUCGUUCGUCGGUGGACCAUUGAGCGUUAUUUAGUGCAUAUUCGAAGGGCCAAUUUGCUACAGAUGAGGGCACAAUAGCACCAAAAUUGAGAACGAUCAAUCGAGGCCGAGACUGAAAAUUGGAAAGAGGCUGACUCAGCUGACUGAAACUCGAAGAACAAAAUGAUGGAAGAACUGACCUACGUUGCCAUUACGACGGCCUUCUGGUCGCUUUUUUACCUGAUGCACCAGAAAUUCACCAAGUUUGAGCCUGAAUACAGCUGCCGACUCGUCACAUUUGCCCAUGCGUGUGUGGCAAACUGCCUAGCCAUGUACCACUGCUUCUUCGCAGAGCCUCAAGAGUAUGGCAGUGAAAACUCAAGUAUGCAGAUUUUUACGGUCAGCAACAGCUUGGGCUACUUCAUCUUUGAUAUCUUAUGGUGCUUCUACUAUCAAACGGAAGGCAUGACUAUGAUCAUCCACCACGUUGUCAGUCUGACUGCCCUGACCACUGUGCUGGUGAAGGGCCGCUCUGCCACUGAGGGAAUCGCCGGCAUCGGCGGCAUGGAGAUCACAAACCCCUUACUGCAGAUCCGCUGGUACCUCCGCGCCACUGGCCGGAAGGAGACCUGGCUGUACACCAUCGUGGAGCUCCUCUUCAUGUCGCUCUUCUUCUUUGUCCGCGUCGUUUACGGCUUCUUCCUCAUAAAGAGUGUGCUGGUGCAUCCAAAGCCAGACUUGUUCACCAAGGCGCUGGCCACUUCCUUUUAUCUGAUCACAUGUACUUUCAUGUUUUACAUCGCCUCGUACUUCAAUGCUAAGUACUUGAAAAAGAGGUCCCCCAAAAAGGAAGAAUAAGUUAGAUGCCGACGGUUGUUAGCCACUUGCUGUGAAAACUUAAGUGUUACGAAAUACCACUGGACACGAGGUUUGGAAACAUAACUGAUCUGGACAGGCCGCCAGGUUUCUCCAGUGGGUUUGUUUGCCUUACUAGGGAACGAAUUGAUGUAUUUUUCCACCGACGCUGGCUUGAAUUCACGUUUAUUAUAUAUGUAAAAUGGAUAGACCGAUGAAAAGUCAUUAACAGGAUGAUUAUUUAAUCUUGUUAAUUGAUGCUGAGAUAUAGCAUGCCUAUAGAUGUCUCCUGAAAUAUUUUGCAGAAUGCUCAAACUUGAAACGAUUGGCUUGCAGACAAAGCCUGUUUUACUAUUUGCUUUGACUGGCCAACUGUUUUGUUCUCUGUUAGUUAAUUUUUAAGUUGGUAUUUUGCGCAGUUGAACUAGAUACAGUUUUUUGUAUUUCAUUUUGUUCAAAUUGGCGUGCACCAACCGGUAACGCUUUCAAACCAUUCUCAAUCUUAGCUAGAUGCCGUUUCGUACCUCCUUUUUUCUAUAUUUAUCACAAAAUUUUACGAGUUGAUUGAUCUGUUAGUAGCUACAAGGCAAAAUUGACUGAAAUCCGCACCAAAGGUAUGCCUUUUUGGCUGGCCAGUUGUCAAACGGAGUUUCCAAACCUUGGAAAAUUGUUAUGUUUCUGUUUGAAUGAUUCGUUAGAUGAUUCUGUCCUCAUUGGUAAUCUCGGUGUUUCCAGUUGGCUGCUUAACAUAGCAAUACACAGCAAAAGCAAUACUGCAGAAUCCUCCUGUGUAGGGUCCAAGUGCUUCUAUUACUAUUACUCUGUACUUCUCAAGUAAGCGCUGCAUGUCAUCACUACUUCUCAUUUAACUCGUCUCUGAAUUCAUCACUAAUCCCUCAGUGCGCCGAGUGUGCACUUUUCUAGUCAGCCAGCAUACAUGUUAGUUUGAAGGACCGAUUAACUUUAUAUUACUAUUUCCACCGACCUGAAGUUAAGUGGGCUCUCAUUACAAACACUUUGCUUCUUGAACUGUUGAACAGUAUGCAAUGUAGCCAAAUUUUAUGUUAUAUGUUGUGAUGCAUUGCACAUUCAAAUAAAGAAAGCGUGGAAAUGA